AACCUCAACCUCCAACACCCAUCCCUUUCCUUUUAAUAUUCUCCUCCCUCUACAUAUACAUAUACACACACACCUCCGUACCCCUCUACCCACCAUUUCCUCCGUUAUAUAUAAACCCAUAUCGCAGAGGUUUCUUCGAAAUCCUAGAAAGAGAGCAACAGUCUAGGGAGAGAAAAGUAAGAAACCGGCAAUGUCUCUGCGACCCAAUUCGCGCACGGAGGUCCGCAAGAAGUCGUACAAGACCGGGGUGGACGCGGACGAGGCGCGGCGGAGGAGGGAGGACAAUCUGGUGGAAAUCAGGAAGAACAAGAGGGAGGACAAUCUGUUGAAGAAGCGGAGAGAGGGGUCGAACCUUCAUCAGUCUCAGCAACUCUCAGAUGGGUCACAAAACCCAGUUGCAAUCGAGAAGAGGUUGGAAAGCAUUCCUUUGAUGGUGCAAGGAGUAUGGUCUGAAGAUCCUGCAGCACAAGUGGAAGCAACUACUCAGUUCAGAAAGCUUUUAUCAAUUGAGCGCAGCCCUCCAAUAGAUGAAGUGAUAAAAGCAGGUGUUGUCCCUCGGUUUGUAGAGUUUCUUGGAAGGCACGAUUUGCCUCAAUUGCAAUUUGAGGCAGCAUGGGCUUUGACCAAUGUUGCAUCUGGGACGUCAGAGCAUACCCGAGUUGUCAUUGAACAGGGUGCUGUGCCUAAGUUCGUGCAACUUUUGAGCUCUUCCAGUGAUGAUGUUCGGGAGCAGGCAGUAUGGGCUUUGGGAAAUGUUGCUGGUGACUCUCCAAGUUGUAGGGAUCUUGUUCUUGGUAAUGGAGCUCUUAUGCCUUUGCUAUCUCAGUUGAAUGAGCACUCAAAACUAUCCAUGCUGAGAAAUGCUACAUGGACCCUUUCCAAUUUUUGUCGGGGCAAGCCUCCAACACCAUUUGAGCAGGUGAAACCUGCAUUGCCAGUUCUUCAGCAACUUAUCCACUUGAAUGAUGAAGAAGUUCUAACAGAUGCUUGUUGGGCACUCUCUUAUCUUUCUGAUGGUCCAAAUGACAAAAUUCAAGCUGUGAUUGAGGCUGGUGUCUGUCCACGACUUGUGGAGCUUCUUCUUUUCUUUUCUGCAAGCCAUCCAUCGCCUACGGUUCUAAUUCCUGCUCUUAGGACAGUGGGCAACAUUGUUACAGGCGAUGAUGCCCAGACUCAGUUUGUGAUCGACAACCGUGUCCUCCCUUGUCUCUAUCAACUUCUCUCUAACAAUCACAAGAAAAGUAUCAAGAAAGAGGCUUGCUGGACAAUAUCAAAUAUUACUGCUGGGAAUAGGAGUCAAAUUCAGGCUGUUAUUGAAGCCAAUAUCAUCCUUCCUCUAGUACACCUUCUUCAACAUGCAGAAUUUGACAUCAAGAAGGAGGCUGCAUGGGCUAUAUCAAACGCUACCUCUGGAGGAUCUCCUGAGCAGAUCCGGUACUUGGCGAGUCAAGGUUGCAUUAAGCCACUUUGCGAUCUUCUGAUCUGUCCGGACCCUAGGAUUGUGACUGUGUGCCUUGAAGGGCUUGAGAACAUUCUGAAGGUGGGUGAGGCUGAUAAAGAAGCUGGAUCGAACAAUGGAAUCAACAUUUAUGCGCAAGCAAUUGAUGAAUGCGAAGGACUGGAUAAGAUUGAGAAUCUCCAAACCCAUGACAACACGGAGAUUUAUGAGAAGGCUGUGAAGCUCCUAGAGAGAUACUGGGCCGAGGAAGAUGAGGAAGAACCAGUUCUUCAAGAUGGAAUAGAUGGAAAUCAACAGGGUUUUAAUUUCGGAAAUACCCAUCCCAAUCUUCCUGCUGGUGGAUUCAAGUUUGGUUAGAAAGGGAGUUUGUGGGCAAUCUUUGGGUUUUAUAGACCUUCUUACUUCAUUUGAAUGAAUUUACUAUUAUAGACUUUGUUUCGAUAUUGCUUGUUGCCAACAGUCAGUGUUUUUGGUCUGGCCGAUAGGUGAAUUUGUCUGUGGGAUUUAAUAUUGAGAAGUGUAAGGCUUUCAACUUUGUGGUUUUGGUCUUCUUUCUAUUAUAGUGUACUGUUUUGAAA